GCCUGUCGGCCUCGGGCGGCGGCGGGGAGGAGGCGCGCCGGGGGGAGCGCUGGGGCGGCUAAGAGAUGAUGGCUGAGCUGAGAAGCUCAUGAAGCUUACAUGAAAUAUCCUAUAGAUACUUCUGCUGAUGAGUAGUAGCCCAGAUGAAAUAAGCAUGUCCUAAGAUGGCAAUAGAUCUGGAGUAUGAACCAGUCUACAGAAGUGAGUUGAUGCCAGAUUUGUUAGUGUCUCAGUGGCUUGAUGGCUCUCACUUACUCUGUCUCUAAACCAAAGCCAUCUUUCUACCAAAGCAAUAAAGGGGCGGUGCACAGUCUGACUACAGAAUGCUAUUUCCAAAGAAGUGAACUGUGAAGAAAGGACUCAUGAAUUUUGAUCACAGGGGCUUGGAGAGCGUCUCUGAUGUCUGCUCCAGUGAGGACCUUCCUGAGGUAGAGUUGGUGAGCUUGCUAGAAGAACAGUUGCCAGAUUACAAGUUACGAGUGGACUCUCUGUAUCUGUAUGAAAAUCGAGACUGGAUUCAGUCCCCUGCCUGCCAUGGCCAUCUUCCUGAAAUCACUUCUCCAGUUCAUGAUGAGGAGCCCCUCCGUUACAUGACUCUUGUUGAACUUCCUUCCUCCUCCUUGGCUGGAUCUCACAAAUUUGCACAAGUUCUUGGCACAGAUAAUGUGGAGCAGAAAACCUACAGUGAUGCUGAUAUGGUCAAACAUCUGUUAGCUGAGAAAGAUCGGGACCUGGAACUGGCAGCUCGAAUUGGACAAGCCCUCCUUAAGCGAAACCAUCUGUUGACAGAACAGAAUGAAGCACUAGAAGAACAGUUAGGACAAACUCUAGAUCGAGUUAACCAGCUGCAGCAUGAACUGUCAAAGAAGGAUGACCUGCUUCGUAUUGUUUCAAUUGCUUCCGAGGAGAGUGAAACAGAUUCCAGCUGUUCCACACCCCUUCGUUUCAAUGAGUCUUUCAAUGUAUCACACGAUCUGUUGCAGCUGGAUGUCUUGCAAGAUAAACUCAGAGAGCUGGAAGAGGAGAACCUUGCUCUCCGAUCGAAGGCUUGCCAUCUGAAGACAGAAACCAUUACAUAUGAAGAGAAGGAACAGCAGCUGGUCAAUGACUGCGUCAAAGAGCUCCGGCAAACAAAUGCUCAAAUUUCUAGAAUAACAGAGGAGUUGUCAGAGAAGAGCGAGGAGUUGGUUCGCUACCAGGAAGAGAUCUCAUCCCUCUUGUCUCAGAUUGUUGAUCUACAACAUAAACUCAAAGAACAUGUGAUUGAAAAGGAGGAGCUGAAACUUCACUUACAAGCUUCCAAAGAUGCUCAGAGACAACUGACAGCAGAGUUACAUGAGUUGCAAGAUCGGAAUGCAGAGUGUCUAGGGAUGUUGCACGAAUCACAAGAAGAAGUGAAGUUGCUGCGCAGCAGAGCUAGCUCUGUUGCUUGUCUCUGUCGUCCUCACUCAUGUGGAGCAUUUCCUGUGGAUUCCCUUGCAGCAGAAAUUGAAGGGACAAUGCGGAAGGAAUUGAGUCAGGGUGAUGAAUCUGUUCUCUCCAAGCAAAAGGGUCAACAGAAACGAGUAUUUGACACUGUCAAGGUUGCUAAUGUCACUCGUGGCCGCUCCUCUUCCUUUCCUGCCCCGUUGCCAAUCCCUGGAUCUAAUCGGUCAAGUGUUGUUAUGACAGCAAAGCCCUUCCAGUCUGGCGUACACCAGUUGGAGGGCCACACACGGAUGACCCAGAGGAGCAGCUCUGAGAAGAAUUUGAAAGACACUCAUAAUCCUGGCCAGCCGGGAACCCCUGGAGACAAUGACUUAGUCACAGCUCUGCACAGGCUCUCCCUCCGUCGUCAGAACUACCUGAGUGAGAAGCAGUUCUUUGAGGAGGAAUGGGAGCGAAAAAUGCAUUUGCUGGCUGAGCAGAAAGAAGGGGCUAGUGGCUGCAGUACACCAACAGAAAGCUGUUUUUCUCUGGGUACAAACUCAGAAUUCACUGAUCUCUCUGCCAGCUCUAGUAAUCUCCGUGUCCUCCUACCAGAAAAAUUGCAAAUUGUCAAACCCAUUGAAGGAUCUCAGACCCUUUUUCAUUGGCAGCAACUUGCUCGACCCAACCUAGGCACCAUUCUUGACCCAAGACCAGGUGUUGUUACAAAAGGUUUUACUCCUCUGUCUGAUGAUACUGUGUACCACAUCUCUGACUUGGAGGAGGAUGAUGAGGAAGGUGAAGGAGGUAUAACAUUUAAAGUGCAAGAGUCCUUCCCGGAGGAAAAGAAAUGUACAGUGGCAAAGCCAGUGGCAGGGAUUUUCCUGCCACCUAUUACUUCAGCAGCAGUACCACUCACCGCCUCGAAUCCAGGGAAGUGUCUGUCUUCUACAAAUUCCACGUUUACCUUUACUACCUGUAGGAUCCUUCACCCAUCUGAUGUCACUCAAGUUACUCCCAGCUCCAUGGGUGCCCCAUUUUCACUUGGAAAUACUGGCAGCAGUAUUGGAAACCCAGUAGUGAACACUCCAGCCAUUUCUUACAGGCUUAGUAUUGGAGAAUUUCUCACCAACAGAAGAGAUUCAACUACUACUUUCAGCAGCACGAGCAGUCUGGCUAAACUUUUGCAAGAACGAGGCAUCUCUGCCAAGGUUUACGAUAGCCCUGUAUUAGAAAAACUGCCUUUGCUACAGCCCCCUCGAACUCUCCCCAUUCCUUCUACUCCACCAAAUUCUCCCUCGCAUUCACCUUGUCCUUCCUCUCCACUGUUUGAGCCUCGAGUGCAUCACUCAGAAAAUUUCCUGGCUUCUCGACCAGCAGAAACAUUCUUGCAAGAAAUGUAUGGCCUAAAGCCCUCCCGUAACGCUCCGGACGUAGGCCAGCUGAAGAUGAACCUAGUGGACAGACUGAAGAGGCUGGGUAUUGCCAGGGUGAUCAAGCCCCCUGAGACACAGGACCACAGGAAGAAUCAGGGGCCAGAGGUUAGCUUGCGGAGGCAGGACUCGGCUGUGUUUUUAAAUGCAGGUAGCAACUUAAUGGCAGGACUGAGAAGAAACCAGAGUCUUCCAGCCAUGAUUGGAGCAUUAGGAGCUCCAGUUUGCACACAGUCAUCAAAAAUGGAUAUCCUAAAGGAGGACUGACUGGUCUGAAAAGUGAUUGACUUCUAGCAUAGUGAAUAAUACAUGAGGGAUAAACAUCCAGUGCAGGCAUUGUUAGAUGUGUUACAGAAGGGUUGGAGAAGGCAUGUGCAUGUUGAAGAUGUGGGAGAGAGAAGCGUUGGGAUCAAGGAGAAGAAGAACAUUGCUUGGGUUUGAGGAAGAAGGCUUUUGUGGAAGAGAAGAUAGAAGAAACCAAAGCUUAGUUUUGAGACCCCCUUCAGCAUCUGUCUUAACUUCAGCAAAAAUAAAAGACCAUUGUAGACAUUCUCAGUAUUUCAACCUUUUAAACUGUAUGUGUAGAACUGUCUUGCAGGUGCCAUUCUAUUUUUCUCCUACCAUAUGACCAUAGUAUUUUACUAGUUGUUAGCAGUCAGGCUGUAUCAUUUAAAUAUAAUAUUGAAAUAACAGUCAGUCUGACCAGCAUUAUUGGUCCAAGUUCCUCUCUGUAGCAAACAAAUACGAAAAUUUGGAUUUUUUUUUUUUUUUAUUAUUCUUGUAUUUCCCAUU